CUAAAUGGAAUAUUUGUAUCUAUUAACUCCAAACUCCCUGUCCAUCCUACUCCCUCCCCUUCCCCCUUGGCCACCACAAGUCUGUUCUCAUAUCUAUGAGUCUAAACAGAGGUCUUUAGAUGAGGAUUCCAGAAUUUUGAGACCCCUGGGCUUGUGCUACUCUCUAGCCUUCCUACCUUGGCCAGUUCCCCUUAGCGUGGCUUUGUUCGUGAAUGUGUUAAGUUCAGUAUUGCCUGAAUAGCCACGUUUGGGUGGCAUGUUUUGGGGGUGGGCUGUGCAAUCAUUGCAAAGUAAUGCAACAUGAUGGCUAAUUUGGGAAGCUGAUUUUAUUGUAGAUGCCCACCCGCAGGCGAAACCUAUCAAGCCGGGUCCUCGUGCACCCUCGGGAAAGUGAAAUCUCUUCAGCCUUCUUUUGAAGCCUCUUCUCCAGGUGGACUGAGGACUCUGCUGUUACUGUCUUGUUCUGGUGCACGUCCAGCCCGGGUGUUGGUGCCUUGGGUGUGAUGCAGCAGGAAGCCCCAGAUUCUUUGCUUGCCGGGUCCCUCUCCUGCCCACGUUGCAUAAACACCAGCAUGGCAGGGACAGAUGGCCACUCCAGGGGCUCCUUUGAUGUCACAUUUGGUCGCCUGGGUGGGGGGUAAGGGGUGUUGCCAGCAGCCUCCACGGAGGUGGAGAGGCUGACUGGGAAAUACCCACUUGACAGCGGGUAAACAAAAGCCCGGCUCCGGAAGAGCUGGGUGCCUUGAUACGUGUGCGGGCUGGGCUGUCCUGGAGUCCGGUUUACAUAAGUGUGUUUAGCUUGGGAAGAAGCCAGUCGGCUGGAAGCCUGGUCUUUCCUCUCUGCUCCUAAUUGAUGCUGCUCGAGGUUUUUGGUGCCUUCUCAUCAACUGCGAUGAGACUGUGAGGGCCACCCCGAGGGGCAGGUGCUGAUACAUCUCCCAGGCCCAGUCGCUGUUCAUCCUGACCCAUUUCCAAGUUCAGUAUCUAAAUGCCACAGUGCUCUCGGGGCAAGUUGGGCUGGGAACCACUGUUGCCUUGUAAGACCAUAAAACCAUGGGAAACGCAGAAAGUCAAAAUGUAGUGCAUGAGUUUUACGGCGAAAAGCAUGCCAGCCUGGGGCGCAAGCACACAUCGCGCUCUCUGCGCCUGUCGCACAAGGCGCGGCGGAGCAGGCACGCCUCCUCGGGGAAGGUGAUCCACCGGAACUCCGAAGUGAGCACCCGCUCCAGCAGCACCCCCAGCAUCCCUCAGUCCCUGGCCGAAAAUGGCCUGGAGCCCUUCUCCCAGGAAGGCACCCUCGAGGACUUCGGGAGCCCUAUUUGGGUGGACCGAGUGGAUAUGGGCUUGAGACCCGUGUCUUAUACCGAUUCUUCCGUCACUCCCAGCGUAGACAGCAGCAUCGUCCUCACCGCAGCCUCUGUGCAGAGCAUGCCAGACUCGGAGGAGAGCAGGCUUUACGGGGAUGACGCUACGUAUUUGGCGGAGGGAGGCAGGAGGCAGCAUUCCUAUACAUCCAAUGGGCCCACUUUCAUGGAGACGGCGAGCUUUAAGAAGAAACGCUCCAAAUCUGCAGACAUCUGGCGGGAGGACAGCCUGGAAUUCUCACUCUCUGAUCUGAGCCAAGAACAUUUAACAAGCAACGAAGAAAUCUUGGGUUCCGCGGAAGAGAAAGACUGCGAGGAGGCUCGGGGGAUGGAAGCCCGGGCGAGUCCGCGGCAGCUCAGUACCUGUCAACGUGCCAAUUCGCUGGGGGACUUGUACGCUCAGAAAAACUCUGGGGUGACGGCAAACGGGGGGCCGAGGAGCAAAUUUGCAGGCUAUUGUCGGAAUUUGGUGUCUGAUAUUCCCGAUCUUGCAAACCAUAAGAUGCCACCAGCUGCUGCUACAGAGGCUCUUCCGUACAGUAAUUAUAACACACUUCCCUGUAGGAAAUCUCACUGUCUUUCUGAAGGUGCCACCAACCCACAAAUUAGCCAUAGCAACAGCAUGCAAGGCAGAAGAGCAAAAACAGCUCAGGAUGUUAACGUGGGCGAGGGUAGCGAGUUUGCCGACAGUGGGAUCGAAGGGGCCACCACUGACACGGACCUCCUGUCCAGGCGAUCCAAUGCCACCAACUCCAGCUACUCGCCCCCCACCGGCCGCGCUUUUGUGGGCAGUGACAGCGGCAGCAGCUCCACCGGGGAUGCGGCCCGCCAGGGGGUGUAUGAGAACUUCCGCCGGGAGCUGGAGAUGAGCACCACCAACAGCGAGAGCCUGGAGGAGGCCGGCUCUGCGCACAGCGACGAGCAGAGCAGCGGGACCCUGAGCUCCCCUGGGCAGUCCGACAUCCUGCUCACGGCCACCCAGGGCACUGUGCGCAAGGCCGGAGCCCUGGCUGUCAAGAACUUCCUGGUGCACAAGAAGAACAAGAAGGUGGAGUCGGCCACCCGGAGGAAGUGGAAGCACUACUGGGUGUCCUUGAAAGGGUGCACGCUCUUUUUCUACGAGAGUGAUGGCAGGUCUGGAAUAGACCACAACAGCAUCCCGAAGCACGCCGUCUGGGUGGAGAAUAGCAUCGUGCAGGCCGUGCCCGAGCACCCCAAGAAAGACUUCGUCUUCUGCCUCAGCAAUUCCCUGGGCGAUGCCUUCCUCUUUCAGACCACCAGCCAGACGGAGCUGGAAAACUGGAUCACUGCCAUCCACUCUGCCUGCGCAGCCGCUGUCGCAAGACACCACCACAAAGAAGACACCCUCCGCCUCCUGAAAUCGGAGAUCAAAAAGCUGGAACAGAAGAUUGAUAUGGAUGAAAAGAUGAAGAAAAUGGGCGAAAUGCAGCUGUCUUCAGUCACUGACUCGAAGAAGAAGAAAACUAUAUUAGAUCAGAUCUUUGUUUGGGAGCAGAAUCUUGAACAGUUUCAAAUGGACCUGUUUCGUUACCGCUGUUACCUAGCUAGCCUCCAAGGUGGGGAGCUGCCCAACCCGAAAAGGCUACUUGCUUUUGCAAGCCGACCCACCAAAGUGGCAAUGGGCCGCCUUGGAAUCUUCUCUGUAUCAUCUUUUCAUGCCCUGGUGGCCGCACGCACUGGUGAAACUGGAGUCAGAAGACGUACUCAGGCCAUGUCCAGAUCCGCCAGCAAGAGAAGGAGCAGGUUUUCUUCUCUUUGGGGUCUGGACACUACCUCCAAAAAGAAGCAGGGACGCCCAAGCAUCAAUCAGGUGUUCGGUGAGGGAACUGAGGCUGUAAAGAAAUCUUUAGAAGGAAUAUUUGAUGACACUGUUCCAGAUGGCAAGAGGGAGAAAGAAAUGGUCUUACCCAGCGUCCACCAGCAUAACCCUGACUGUGACAUUUGGGUCCAUGAGUAUUUCACUCCAUCCUGGUUCUGCCUGCCCAAUAACCAGCCAGCGUUGACGGUCGUGCGGCCAGGGGACACUGCCCGGGACACCCUGGAACUGAUCUGCAAGACCCAUCAACUGGAUCACUCUGCUCAUUACCUGCGCCUGAAAUUUCUGAUAGAAAACAAAAUGCAGCACUACGUGCCAAAGCCCGAGGAGGACAUUUACGAGCUGCUGUACAAAGAAAUUGAAAUUUGUCCAAAAGUCACUCAGAACAUCCAGAUUGAGAAGUCAGAUGCGGCCGGUGAUAAUUACGGCUUUUCACUUUCUUCUGUGGAAGAAGAUGGUAUCCGAAGGCUCUAUGUGAACAGUGUAAAGGAAACUGGUUUAGCUUCCAAGAAAGGCCUGAAAGCCGGAGACGAGAUUCUCGAGAUCAAUAAUCGUGCUGCCGGCUCGCUGAACUCAUCUGUGCUCAAAGAUUUCCUCACGCAGCCGUCCCUGGGCCUCCUGGUGAGGACCUACCCGGAGCUGGAGGCAGGAGCAGAGCUGCUGGAGAAGCCGCCCCACCGGCUGGACGGUCCCCCCGCCGACCCCAGCGACAGCCCGCUGGCCUUUCUCACCAGCAACACAGGGCCCAGCCUCUGCAGUGAGCAGGGCAGUAGUGCCGAGACUGCUCCCGAGGAGACCGAAGGGCCAGACUUGGAGUCCUCCGAUGAGACUGAUCACAGCAGCAAGAGCACGGAACAGGUGGCCGCGUUUUGCCGCAGUCUGCAUGAGAUGAACCCCUCUGACCCAAGCCCGUCGCCCCAGGACUCCGCUGGGCCUCAGCUGGCCACCAUGAGACAGCUCACGGAUGCCGAUAAGCUGCGCAAGGUCAUCUGUGAGCUCCUGGAGACGGAGCGCACCUACGUGAAAGACUUAAACUGUCUCAUGGAGCGAUACCUAAAACCUCUUCAAAAAGAAACUUUUCUCACCCAGGAUGAGCUUGAUGUGCUCUUUGGAAAUUUAACUGAAAUGGUAGAGUUUCAAGUAGAAUUCCUGAAAACUCUGGAAGAUGGAGUGAGAUUGGUACCUGAUCUGGAAAAGCUUGAGAAAGUUGAUCAAUUCAAGAAAGUGCUGUUCUCUCUGGGGGGAUCCUUUCUGUAUUAUGCUGACCGCUUCAAGCUCUACAGUGCCUUCUGCGCCAGCCACACGAAGGUCCCCAAGGUCCUGGUGAAAGCCAAGACGGACACGGCUUUCAAGGCGUUCCUGGAUGCCCAGAACCCGAAGCAGCAGCACUCGUCCACUUUGGAGUCUUACCUCAUCAAGCCCAUCCAGAGGAUCCUCAAGUACCCGCUUCUGCUGAAGGAGCUUUUCGCCCUGACAGAUGCAGAGAGCGAGGAGCACUACCACCUGGACGUGGCCAUCAAGACUAUGAAUAAGGUUGCAAGUCAUAUCAAUGAGAUGCAGAAAAUCCAUGAAGAAUUUGGAGCUGUGUUUGACCAGCUGAUUGCUGAACAGACUGGUGAGAAAAAAGAGGUGGCAGAUCUGAGCAUGGGGGACCUGCUUUUGCACACCACCGUGAUCUGGCCAAACCCGCCAGCCUCACUGGGAAAGUGGAAAAAGGAGCCUGAAUUGGCAGCUUUUGUCUUCAAAACGGCCGUGGUCCUUGUGUAUAAAGAUGGUUCCAAACAGAAGAAGAAACUCGUAGGAUCUCACCGGCUUUCAAUUUACGAGGACUGGGACCCCUUCCGAUUUCGACACAUGAUUCCUACCGAAGCCUUGCAGGUUCGAGCCUUGGCAAGUGCAGAUGCAGAAGCAAAUGCCGUGUGUGAAAUUGUCCACGUGAAAUCAGAGUCUGAAGGGAGGCCGGAGAGGGUCUUCCACCUGUGUUGCAGCUCCCCAGAGAGCCGAAAGGAUUUCCUGAAAGCUGUGCAUUCCAUCCUGCGCGAUAAGCACCGAAGACAGCUCCUGAAGACCGAGAGUCUCCCCUCGUCCCAGCAAUAUGUCCCUUUUGGAGGAAAACGAUUGUGUGCGCUGAAAGGGGCCAGGCCAGCCAUGAGCAGGGCAGUGUCCGCCCCAAGCAAGUCUCUUGGGAGGAGGAGGCGGCGCCUGGCCCGAAACAGGUUUACCAUUGAUUCUGACGCCAUCUCCGCCAGCAGCCCGGAGAAGGAGUCCCAGCAGCCCCCCGGUGGCGGGGACACUGACCGCUGGGUAGAGGAACAGUUUGAUCUUGCUCAGUAUGAGGAGCAGGAUGACAUCAAGGAGACAGACAUCCUCAGUGACGAUGAUGAGUUCUGUGAGUCCGCGAAAGGCGCCGCCGCGGACAGAGACCUGCAGGAGCGGCUUCAGGCUGCCUGCAUCAGUCAGCGGGAGAGAGGCCGGAAGCCCCUGGAUAGUCACGCGUCCCGCAUGACGCAGCUCAAGAAGCAAGCCGCCCUGUCGGGCAUCAAUGGAGGCCUGGAGAGCACGAGCGAGGAGGUCAUUUGGGUUAGGCGCGAAGACUUUGCCCCCUCCCGGAAGCUCAACACUGAGAUCUGACGGUGUCUCGCGCCCCGGCUGAAGAGUCUGUGUAGAUACGUCUCCCGCCCCGCCCCCACGCCGCGCCCCGCCCCCCCGCGCCCCGCCCCCGCCCCGCCCCUCCGCCCCGCCCCGCCCCUCAAGGCAGGGCACUGGGGAGGAUGUUCCUUAAAUUUCGCAGUCUUGCACACACGGUUUUGGCAGCUGACUUUGUCCUGAAGCCAUGUAGCCACUCAACUUCAUCCUUUCUAACCACAUCAGAAAAUUGUUCAAGAAUCCCAACUGAGCGCAAGUCCUUUCUUCUUGUACAUUACCAAGGGCUUUUAUUUAUUCUCAACUAAUCAGGGCCUCACGAAUUAAAAAAAAAAAAAGUUUUUUUCUAUAGCACUGGAAAGCAAAUCACCCCAGGAGUUGAAGUACGUCCAACAGAUUCGUUGAAAGGAUAGCGCACAAAAAAAUAAUAAAGACUCUCUGAAGUCAGUCCCAUCUCCUAGUUGGGAAAACAAAGCAAAGCAACUGUACAGCUUGCACUUGCAGUGUUCUCACUCCUUUCCCUCUUAAAUGUCUGAGAAUAUCUGUGUAUUUUAAGAAUGUGUGAGGAGAGGGUGGAGUUUUAUGUUUUGAUGAGCCUUCUUUUUUCUUUUUUUUUUUUUUCUUCCUCUUCUGUUUCGGUCUAUGGCUGGUCUGAUUCAAUGUCCGUGUUUGGAAGCUCUAGUUUUGCAGAGAAUUAUAAAGAUGCCAAACUCCUUGAAAGAGAUCCAAAUUUAUCACUUGGAAAAAAAAAAAAAAAACACUAUUUUUUUGUAUUAUACCUGAGAUGCAGGGGCACAAACAGAUGAGACUUGUACAGUGUUAGUGUAACUCUGAGUCUAAAAGAUGAGGAUUUUACCUUUUACAGAGAGAGUGAGGUGUGGUAAUUUUUAUAUUUAUAUAUGAAAGGCCAACAAGAUACUUAGGAGAAGUUGUUUUUUUCCCCUGAGAAGCAGAUUUUUUUUUUUUUUCAAUGUUUGAAUCUCUAUUUGAGACGGGAGCUUGGUUGGAUUAAACAUGACACCGGAAUGGGCAGUGUGUGUGUCUGUUGCACAUGGCGGGGAGGGGAGACUCCUCAUGGGGUUGCCAUGGUGAUCAUUGGUUUUUCCCAUCAAAGUUGCAUCUUCAUCCAUAGGUUACCUCUCCCUUCCCUGACAGUCCAUAACCAACGCCCUUAACAAAACAACCUCUUUGAAAACACGUCUUGGGUUUAACACUUUCUCCAUGCCAACAGAACAGGGUAAACAUGCGAAAAAUCUAAUGUUCUAAACAGAUUUCCAAAUAGGAAGAACAAAAACAAGUUAAAGCACUUUCAAUUUUUUUUUAAAAAAAAAAGGUUUAUAGCUUUGUUGUUUUAUUUUUCCCAUUUCACAAAUAUCCACUUCCUAAGAAAGGUUUCAAUAAUAUGAACACUUUCUUUUUGGGGAAAAUAUCUAUUUGGUGUUUGACACAUCAGUAGGUACUUUAAAGACCUGAAUUUUAUAGUAGCUUUAGGAAUUAUAUUUUAUAAAAAUCAGUUAUGACUUUAUAUUUCCAGACAAUAGAGAGGUCAGAACAUGAUGCUCUUAUGCCCCUGCUUGCUUUUCCUGCUUUCUCAUCCUGUAUCCCUCCCCUUGCGGGUUUCCAGGGCUUUGAGCUUGAUCUUUCGAGAGUUUUAUUCUAUUAAAUUUUUGCUAUAUCUUCUGAUUUUCCUAAAAAGCUUUAGAAUGGUUUCUAUUCCCUUUGUAUCACUGCAUUGUUCCAUAUCAUCUCCAGUUUGCUUGUGUCUGGAUGGAAAAACGGAAGCAGAGGCUUCCACUAGUCACAUUGACCAGUCCCAGUGCAACGGGUUUGUCUGAAAAUGCUGGAAAGUCUGGUGCUUGGAGAGGGUGCCAUUGUCUCUUGUACAUAAGGUCAUGACGUGUCUAUGUCAAAAGUUCUUAUAUAUUUCUUUUAUAAGCUGAAAGAAGGUCUAUUUUUAUGUUUUUAGGUCUAUGAAUGGAACGUUGUAAAUGCCUGUCAAACAAUAAAAAAUACUGAAAAGUG